GAGUGGUAGGAGAAAAAAGUGUAUAGGCCCUUGUUUUAGCGAACUUGAAUUUAUUGGUAUCUGUUGUGUUGGUUUCUCCCUCCAAAAUUCCCUCCGUUCCGUCGGAGAAUGGCGUCAACGUCACGCGGCGGAGGCGCCGCCGCACGAUUGCAGAACGCUGCUACCACCUUCUCCUCCGACUCUCAGCCUAUCAUUGCCGAUAUUCGAAAAACCGUGCUCAUGAUGAAGGAAAUCGCAGUUCAAUUGGAGAAAGACAACCUCUCCGACAAGGUGAAGGAGAUGGAAGACGCGGUUAUUGAGUUAGUAGGACUAUCUGAACUCAGUGUGCAAUUUGCGUCAUCAGUUCAAGCUUUUGCUAACAGAUACCAGCCUGGAGAACAGUUCACUAAUUUUAACAAGUUGUUUGAGGAUGAGCUUUCCAAGUUCAAGGCCAACCGAUCUUCAGAUCUUUCUAGAAAUCCUUUAGUACGCCAAUUUAAGGAAGCUGUUUGGAAUGUUCAUCAUGCGGGACAGCCAAUGCCAGGUGAAGAACAGGAGGAUAUUGUAAUGACCAGUACCCAGUCUAAUAUUUUAAAUAUUGCCUGUCCAUUGACUGGAAAACCUGUCACCGAGCUUGCGGAACCAGUUCGCAGCAUGGAAUGUAGGCACAUUUAUGAAAAGAAAGUAAUAAUGCAAUAUUUGAGAUCAAAGCAACAACGUGGUCAAUGCCCAAUAUCAGGUUGCCCAAAGAUAUUGCAGGCAGAUAAGCUGGUGCAAGAUCCGUUGUUACUGGUUGAGAUUGAUGAAAUGCGCAAAAUGAAUAAAGAAACUGAUGUAGAAGAUUAUACCAUGCUUGAUGAAGACUAGUUAUUUAUCAAACUAACUGCUGAUAGGAUUUUGGCUGUAAAUUCAAGUAGUUUUGGACAUCCACAUACUCCUGGUCCAUUACUUGUGUCAAUAUUUUUGGCUGUGUAUGUUUGAUUUUUGGAUAAUUAUGAAAUCCUAGUAGAUAUACUAGACUGGUUAAUUGUAGUUUCAAGGGGCAAGUUUGCGAUGUUUGCAUAUAUCAGUUUAGUUUCUAUGA